GGAAUUGCUACUGAUGGGUUAGAAAGAUGAUCAGAAGUGCUCACAGUGGUCAUCACUUGGCCAGAAGACAACUGAGUUCUGUUGGAAUGCAGGGCAGUACAAGGAGACUUUGUUCUAGUUUUUCAUGUAUUUGCUUGGUACAAUAUUAUCUGAGAUAAGCAAGGAGAGACACAGUGACUCACAAUCAAGCAGUGUAGCAAGCAGUAUGGUAGUGUGGCAAUGGCCAGUCCUGGUGACUCUUUUUUCUGUCUUCCUCCUCUCUUGGAGGCAUAUUGGUAAAUUAGACUCUAUCUGACAGUUGGGAGAUAAUCUUUAUGCUUUUAAGUAGAGAUGAAUUAAGAAUCCCAAGUUUGUGUUUCUGUCUAACCAGCGGGGGGAUACUAAGCAGUGAAGGAAUCCCUCUUAGAACUUCCUGUUCUUUCAAUGCUUCAUAGAUCUUGAGUAGAACCAAAUGAGUUACUGGUAGACACUUCCUAAUUAAUUUGCUCACAUGAGUGCAUAAUUUAUUUUUCAUACAAAUUAUUGAAUCCCUUCACAUUUUGUCGUUACAGUUCUGUGCCUUCCGCUAUCCCACCAAUUGCUAUCCUGUGUAGUUCAAACUGAUGUGUGUGUAGAAUCCUCAUCUAUAAUCAUCAGAACUGUACACUCAGUCAAAAAGCAAUUAAGCAAUGUGUCUGUGGCCAUGUAUAUUUUGCACUCUGCUAAUUUAAAGUUUGUUAAUGAUAUGUCUGAACUAAGUUGUUUCUUAUAAAUAGGUUUAUUUUACUUCUCCAAAUGUCCUAAUUAUUGGAAAAUCAUCUCUUUUCCCUAGAGAUAAUCAAUAGGCUGUAAUAUAAAUACAGUAUCACUUUUUGAAAAUUAGUCACAAUAUUUUCAGAAAUCCAUAGAAAAAUCAUUGAUAACAAGUGAUAAUUCACGCUAUAGUCUAUAAAACUUCCUUGCUGAGGCCAAAGGGUGGCAAGGUGCACGUGCGUUUCUUUGGGUGAAGAUAUGCACUGACAUGCAUGAGCCCAUCAAAUAGCUUGAGAAGUCACUAUCCCUUUAAUGUGUAAAAACACAAUGUGUCUAUGGAUAGAUUUACUUUGGCAGUAUUUGAACAGGAUUAAUGUGGGUGCCAACAGGAACCAAAAUUUCAACUUUGUCAAAAGACAACUCACAAAUCCUGUUACAUUUUAGCAAAGAAGGCUUCAUCCUCUUUCCCCUUAAUGGAUUUUACAAUAUUCUUUAAAUUUUUAUUGUACUUUGUGUAUGUAUGAGUGACUUCAUGUAAUGUGUACAUAUAUCAUGCACAUGACUAGUGCUUGUGGGGGCUAGAGACAGGCAUCAGAUGCCAUGGAACUAGGGUCAGAGGCAGUUGUGAGCCACCUUAUAGACACUGGGGACUGAGUCCAGAUCCUUACGCUAAGUGCCAUCUUCCCAGUCUCUACUGUUCCCUUUAACACAUCAUUUCAUUUUUGAACUUAUAUAAAUGUUUAUUUUGUCGAUGUUCUAUUUUAUAUAAAAUAUGGGUGUAAAAUUCUAAAAUAAUACAUGAUUUAAAACCUUCAGGAUGAUGACUGAGAGGAAACUGUCCAAUUAGCAGCCUAACAAAAAGCAUUUGGAGGCAUUUAAGUAGGUGGAAGGAGACUUAAAAAUUAUAAGGCUUUCAUAAUUCCUUUCAAAAGAGAUCCCAGUAUUCAUGGUGAAUAUUUUAAUACAUUCUUCAAUAUAUACUCAAAUUCGGAGAUUACAUUCCAGCUUAGAGUCUAAAAUUAAAUAGCACAUGGCUUUAGUUAAUCAACAUUUGAACUAGAAAUAUUGGAAUAGAAGUAUGUCCAGAUAUAAUUUUUCCUGAAUAUAAGAAAGUUGUAUCAUUGUCAGACAAUUAUGAAACUUGAGAGAGAUGUCUUGGUUACUGUUCCAUUGCUGUGAGCAGACACCAUAGCAACACUUAAAACAGAAAGCAUUAAAUUGGGGCUGGCUUACAGUUUCAGAGAUUUAGUUCAUUACCAUCCUGUUAGGGAACAUGGCAGCAUGCAGUUAGACAUGAUGCUAGAGAAGUAUCUAAGAGUUUUAUAUCUGGAUCCACAGGCAUUAGGAACAGAGGGACACUGGGCUUGACUUGGGCUCAAAGCACAUCCCCAAUGGCAUACUUCCUUUAAUAAGGCUACACCUCCUAAUCCUUCUCAAGUAGGGUCAUUCCCUGAUGACUAAGCAUUCACAUAUAUGAUAUUACAGUGCCAUUUUUAUUCAAACAACUACAAGAAAAUCAGCAGGUAAGGAAGAAUGUAAGUAAUAGCUAAAACAUUUUAAAAUCAUAAUUGAAAGAAAAUAAUUUGCUGUGGGAAAGCUUAGAAUGUGACUUGAAAAGUAUAAUACUAAGCGAUGGGUUAAUUUUGAGACAGAAUAUGAAAUUUAGGAAAGGGCCCACGAGUGAAAAAUAAAGGAGAUUGGUUGUGCAGUGAUCAAGGCUGGUCCAGAAAAGAAAAUAUUAGCAAAUCUACAGAAGCCUGGAGUGAUUUGGUGACAAGGAUACAGGGGGUACUUACAUGAAAAAUAACAUGCUUUAGAAAAUGUAGAGCAAAGCAUAGAGGAGGGCAGAGGUUGAGGGAAUGGUGAGGAGACUGGCCUGCAUUUCCUUCUCCAGUUGUACGAACUGCAGGAAAAUAGAUGACAGGUAUUUAUCAGAGGAGUACCCCCAGCCCCAGCAUACUCAGCUAACCCAUACAUGGAUAACUGCUGUCAUUUAGAUAGAAGGUUCAGAGGUGUAUAUGAGAUGUAAGGUUUUUGAUGAUUCAAAGUUAGUUCUGGUCUGACUUUGACCAUAGUGUGGACAAACAACACUCCACUGAAAAAGGAUAUGUAUUCUGUGUGUUUACUCUUAGAUGUAUGCUAAACACAUUGUUGUCUCAUUGGCUGAGGUAAAGUUUGUUGUCAUUGCUUUUGCUUUUGCUUCAAAGAGAAGGAAAAUGUAUUAUCCAUUCCAUUUUCUGCAUUUCAGCGGUAACAGCACAGCAUUUUUUACUAUCACCAGGAGUCAGGCUACAAAUGCUGACAGUGCUCACUCUGAGCUACACCAAGAACUUGGCUUGACUUCUGUUCAUCUCGGCUAAACCCAUAAAUUACCAAGGAUUUAUAAUCUUAGGUGUCCUGACCCACCGUUGUUUUACACUACUUUAAAUAUUACUUACAUAAUCAUAUUUAUUUUUGCUAUUUGUGGAGCAUUGGCUUUCCUUAUUUUUUUUGUAUUUUUUCAUUUUUUCUAUGACAAACACCUGCCUUUUAAAAACUAAUUGCAGCAUUAUGUCCAUUCAUAAGUGUUUACCCAUUUUAAAAGUACAAGUUGUUGAUGCGGACUGGCCACACCAAUGUAGGAAGCUCAGAUCACUCAGGUUUUGUGCUCACAAGUAACUGCUUCCACCUUCUCCCUCCAGGAUAACUCCAGGUGAUAGCUAUCCUAAUAGCAGUUAAUGACUUUAUGAAGUCUCACAUGCAGAAUGUUCUCAUCUGGUUCCUUCAUUACAUAAAUACAUGAAAUAAUUUGACAUGAAAAAGAAUCAAUUUUUGAUAUGCCCCCAUUUGCUCACUACUAUUAUUGAGACUGAUUCAUAUUUUAUACAGAUUGGUAUUUAAGUUAUAGGUUUAUUCCAUUGUGGAAAGUGGUUUACUACAACGUAUAUACAUGUUCCAUCGUUAAUGGCAUGGUUUCGGUCUCAUUUUUUUAACUGAUGCAUAACUGUUCAUAUUUCUGGGGAAGUGUGACAUUUGAUAUAUGUCCAAACUGUAUAGUGAACAAAUCAAGACAAUUUAGCAUCAUGUCACUUUAAACAUUAUUUCCUAGUCAUCUAUUCAUCUUUUAAAUGAAGAUUUGUAUUCACUUAAAUUUUUUAAAAUAUUUUACUAACUUUAAUCUUCAUAAUAAUUUUUAAAGUACCAUUAAUUUAAUGUUACAAAGGAAGGGAUGAGGCAGAGAGAGAUUAAACAAGUUGCCCAAGAGUGUGGGACAAUCAUUUGACAAGAAAUAGACUUGGAAAAUAACUGUCUGACUCCAAUUAUCCAAUCAAAGUUGAAGUAGAUAAGUCAAUCAACAUGCAAAAACAAAUUCCAAUAUAGGACAUAACAAAUGAAGACUACACAAAAUUAGCAAUUGUUAUAAUUUAGAAAACACUCCUUCUUCUGUUGUAGGAAAAAAUUCAUUAGUAAUUCCUGUUACAUCACUGGUAAGAGGGGCUUUCUAAUUCUCUGGAUGUUUACUCACGCUGCUUCUACGAUUCCAACAUAAAAAUGGAUUGUUGCUGAGUGUGGGAGAAAGGCAAGCAUAUUGGAAGAGUCAGAGGACUGGGAGAACUGCUGGGAAAUAGUGUUUUCUGGAUAGGACAGGGAGGCUGCACCCAUGAACUAUCAAUGGUAUGAUUAUCUAAACAUGGCCUGUAGAAGACCACGCCAGUCAAUACCAUAGCAUAGAUGAGAGAAAGGCUCACAAGUCUCCCCUAACCCAGCUGAGAUCUACAACCAGACUGGGGCUACUGAAAAUUAAAGCCUGUUUUCUUUAGAACAAGCUCCCUGCUAGGUAAGCAGCCCAUACAAAAAUGAUUAGCCCUAUACUCAUUACACUUAUCAUAUUUAUAUAUGACAUAUGUCUUCUUAUGUAUAUUAUAUGAGAAGAUUACAUGUAAUUAAGAGGUGGAUGUAGAUGGGCAGAGACAUGACGAGAGGAGUUCUUAAAUAACCCUAUGGAGUUUUCUUUAAAGGCAAAGACUUUCCAGAUGCUGUGAUUUCAGUCACCAAAAAGCAGAAAAAGUCACGAAAAGUUGACUCCUACCUACCGGAAAGAAAUCAUCAGUUUUUGAAAAUUUGGCUUAAAAAAUACCCGUGGCUUGUGUAUGAUGAACUAUUAAACCUUAUGUUCUGUGUCCUGUGUCGUAAGCAUGGGGUAAUGUCAGGGGGGAGUACAGUAAGUUUUUUCUAUGGCACGGACAACUUUAGAGCUGAAUUUCUCAGUGCUCAUCACUUUAGUGAAGCCCACGCCAAGGCAUCACUCAUGGAAGCAACUAGUGAUUCUCCAGUGAACCGAGCUGCCACUGAACUGAUGGUAAGAACCAUGAGCAAAGUGACUCUGGGAAGAGUGGAGAACUUAUUUAGAUCAUGCCAUGCCCUAGUAAAGACCGGACAUUCCCUCAGAGAUUUUAUUUGGAUGUGUAAGUUGGAUGAUAUGAAGGGUGUUGAUAUUGGCCCAGUCUUCAGAACUAACAAAUCAGCAAGAACAUUUACAUAUUUCAUUGCUGAAGUAGAGAGGAAAAACCUAAGAGAAAAACUAGAAAAAAGUAACUUUUUCUCUGUCAUCACUGAUGGGACUGUAGACAGUCUAGGCAAGGAAGCCAAAAUGGUUUAUGUUCAAUUUGCACAUGCAGGAAAAGUGCAAUGCCAGAUUGUUGGGAUACAGCCAGUAGAACGAAAGGACCCUUUAACGAUAAAAAAUGCUAUUGAGAAAACUCUAGAGACAAAUCUUCAUCUUAAGCUGUCAAGCCAAGACUUGGUGAAGAAGCUGGUUGGUUUUGGAAGCGAUGAUUACCCUGGAAUAGAGGGAGAGAACAGAGUAUCUCUGCUUUUGAGAGAAAUGCAGCCAUGUGUGCAAAGUAUGUAUUGCUUUGCACAUCAUCUAGAACUGUCUUACAGAGAGAUGUUCCAGACUGUCCCUCUCUACAACAACCUUGAGGCACUCCUCACCGAUAUUUACCAUUUCUAUCACAACUCUCCUCUCCUCAAGAGUUCUCUGAUAACUGCCUUCAGGGGCCUCCACCUCCAACCUGUGAUGCCUUCUCAAAUAAGAGGGAGGCGGUGGUUUCAUGGAAUGCAAGCAGCCCUCCAGAACUUUCUCAAAGGAUACCCAGCAAUUGCCCAGCAACUGCAUUCAGUAGGCAAAGGCAAAGACGAUACCAGUCAACAGAAAGCCAACAGACUUCUAGAACUCAUUCUCCGAGCAGACAUCAUCAAGUUUGCUCACUUCCUGACAGACAUCCUUAGUAUCCUUAGCCUUCUGUCCCAUGCCAGUAGGAACAGAAAUUCUUCCAUUGCCGAUGUAUCUGCUUCCUUGGAGUCAACACUGGAAAUGCUCCAGAUAUAUCAAUCAAGACCAGGGCCAAAAGAACGCAGGGUGGAAUCAACCACACACUUUCACGGUAACAGCCUCAGGGGGAAAGAAAACAUUUCGACCGUGAGAAAGGCGGUUUUAACACAUCUUAUUGAGAGAUUGCGAGGCUGUUUUAGAGAUGCCAGCCUUGAUGUGGUGAGAGCAACUGUGAUUGGAAGCUUUAGACUGUGGCCUACAAAGAUGAAUCAAGAAUUUGGAGUAAAAGAGAUAUCCAUCCUGAUUUCACAUUACCAACCAGUUCUAGAAGCUGCCAGUGUGAAAACUGAUGAGGUACAUACCGAAUGGAGCACAUUAAAAUUAGAAAUAUAUGCCAGGUCAGUAAGAAAGCAAACUGAAUGGACUGGCGUGUAUCAGCACAUGUAUCAUACAAGAUCGGUCUCUCAAUCUUUCGUGUCCUUCAUCUUCCCUCCUAGGUUUCAGAACAUUCGAAAGCUGACCUGGGAUUUUGUAAACUCCACUUAUUCACAUAAGUAUCCGAAUGUUCUGAUGCUUGUUGACUUGGUGCUGGCCCUCCCUGCCAGCUCGGCAGAACCAGAACGCGGGUGGAGUCAGAUGAAAUGCACCCACUCACGCAUGGAGGAGAAAAUCAAGACUGAAACCAUGACAGACAUCCUAACCAUUCAGCUGAACUCUCCAAACAUUAGCAGUUUUGACCCUAGGAAAGCUAUUCAUUUAUGGAAUUCGCAGACACAAUCUCGGAGCGCUCACAGGGGACCGAAUCUUGACAGCCCAUCAACAUCAGAGAGCGAAGACGAAAGCGACGAGCAGUGCGACUUAGGUUGACUUUGUUACACAUGGCAGCAAAAAUAAAUUAACUCAAGAACAAUCGAAGUCGCAGCCAGUCUUUGCCUCAAACACAAAAGACACUUGGCAUUUUCCAAACAUGCAAAGAGACACAAAGCAAAAAGAAAAAAAAAAGAAAAAAGAAAAGAAAAAGAAAACAAAUCCAGGGUCAUUUCCUGUGCUUAUGUGUUUAAUGCUUUUGCUUCAGGACGUCGGUGAGGCUGGUGCUUCUAGGCAGUAUUUCAAUGGCAUCUUUCCGUGUGUUUUCUCUAAGGGCGAGCACACUGCUGAUCGUGGUUAUCUAGACUUGCCAUAAAGCCAACUCCUGUUCCCAGACCAUUCUUAACUCUAGUUGCAGUGGGUAGCUAACAGGGCUAAACUGAUAGAAAGUCUUUUAAUUAAUCUUUGGAAAACUUUAUCUUUGAAACUGUCAUCCUGUGGAAUCUGAAAGUCAUAUGCCUAAAUGCCUAUGACAUCGAAUGACAAGGUCAAACAUUAAAAUGUUUUCCACAUUUCACACUAUGGUCUCCAUAUAAACAAUUCCUAGGGUACACUGAAGAUGCUGUUUUGCAGCAUUUUGCUUCCUAAUGUAGCCAUUAGAGAGCAGGAGAACAUAUCUUACAAUCACCAGAAUUUGCAAGUGCUUUGUUACUCUUUGCAGUUUUAGUAGAUUUUGUUUGUGGUCCUAUCUUGAAUAACAUCGCUGAUUUACGUCUUAUAUCUGAAACCCAGUGUGGUCUCACUUAAACCUUUAUUUAAAGGGGCAUUUUUUACCCCUGGAAUUGUUCUCCUGACUAAUACCAAAUACUUCAGGAAAAUUAAAAUGACACAAAAUUCAUCAUGGAAUUACCUGUCGGUGGUUCAUUAUAUCAAGAGAAUAAGAGUGAACUACUACUACUCAAACCGCUACCUUACAAACAUGGGAUUGUACAUGUGCUUUUAACCACUGACAUUUUAAAGUGAUAGCUGCAUUUCUCUAAAGAUUAGAAUAAACCAUAAGGUUCAUGUGGACUCUCAGGUACAGUGAAAACUCAGAUGCAAAUGGAAACUUUAGGAAUCUAUGUCGAAUAAAAAAGAACAACUAAAAGAAAGAACAGCUCUCUGCCGUGCACCUCCCAGAUACAAGGAUAUAUAGAACUGGUCUCCCGUAACUCUAAAA